ACAGUAGAGCGUUUUAUUGCUGAGGAUGCAAAUCACCAUGACGUCUUCUGCUCUGGCAUAUCAUGUGGUCUUGUUCCCCUCAGUAGUAGCAAAAUCAGCUGGAGGAUGAGGGAUGUGCAUGGAGACAAAGUAAGAGGACAUAUCUUCUCCCUGAGUAACCCGCACUCUCCAGAAUUGGAUGACAAUGAAGAUUUUUUUUCACUUAUCGAUCUGCAGCCAUAAAGUACAAGUCAACUUCAACAACUCUGUAGUUAUUCAAGAACUAAGUGAGAACAUCUCUGCACCAUAUACAACCAGAGGAGAAUAUUUCUGAUUCUUUUUCCUAACUAUCUCGUCUGAAUGUUGACAAUUCCAAACACGGCUCUUUAGAUUGUUUAGAAUUAUGUCUAAAACCUCAGAAAUACUCAACCUGUCCUAUUUGUUGGACCAAGAAAAAGAAGCUAUUCUAGCUGUGCUAAAGCGUGAUGAAAAUCUUAAGAAAAUAGAGGAUAAAAGAGUAAGAAGAUUAAAAAAUGAACUUCUGGAAAUCAAAAAGAAAGGUGCCAAAAUUCAUCGAUUACGCCAAAACAGUGCCAAAAUCUGUGUCCGCUGCCAGAAAGCUUUGGGUCUGAUCUUUGACCGAGGAGAUAUUUGUCCAGCCUGCCAAUUCAGGGUGUGCAAAGCAUGCCGUGUACCGGUGAAAGAGGGUGUAUGGAAAUGUACAGUGUGUGCCAAAAUUACGCAGAUAAGAAUAGCAACAGGAGACUGGUUUUUCGAGGAAAGAGCCAAGCGCUUCAAAAGUUCCACUGUCCAAGGAAGUGAGGUUGUCCGAAAAUCUAUUAUGAGAAAGUUUUCAGUGGCUGCUAAAAGAGGGGAAGAAGCUGAAAAAUCCAGCAUUGAUAUCAAAGAAAACACCCCAGUGCCUGCACUUUUAGAGAGUGAUACCUCUGGAAAGCGCAGUCAAACUCCUGACAAAAAAACUAGUCAACAUUCAGGAAAAAGUGAGGACGGUAGAAGCAUACAUUCCAACUACGAUGCUCAGAGUCUUCGAAGUACAAGAUCGCUGCCACGUGCCAACGGUCCUGACAGAAGACUUGGGAAACAGACAAGAAGCGGAGAAGAUGCGGUCAGCAUUCAUUCAAACCACGACGCACAGAGCUUGAGAAGCAUCUCAUCGAUCCCCCGCUCUGAAAGGAGAUCUAUGCACAGUCUCCCUGAAGCUUCCCAAGCAGAGUUUCUACAGAAUAAGGAUAAUGUUGAUGAAAUCAGUCAAGCAAGCAUCAAAAUCGACUCCCGCUCUGAAUCUAGGCGCAGCUCGCCAAUAUCUGCACGUGAAAGUGUCCAUUCUUUCGACCCUUCUGGCAGUAACAAUUCACAAACAGCUGCUCAAAGCAACAGUCCCAGGACCAGCACUAGUGCUGUAGUGCACCAGAGUUCUCCCACACCAAGUAAACGAAGUGUAACCUCCAAUUACAGCCACACGCAGUCAAUAGGAAGUGCAAUGAAAACAAGUUCUAGCAUACCAGAGGACAUAGCAAAAAGACAUAAAAGAAGUGGUUCUGGCACUCCAUCCCUGGCCUUAUCUCGAGUAUCUAUAGCAUCUGAUCACAGUCGAUCAGAGCUGGACCUCAGCAGACAGAUUACAGAGGGCAAUGGGGACACAGGAAGCAUAAGAAGCAGAUCUGUUCCUGGAGGACUGAACACCAACUUGGACUAUUUAGAUGAAAAUGAAGAAGAUUUUAUUGAGUCAGCGACACAUCAUCCAGCCAGUUUGCGGAGUGGAUAUUCUGUUAAUGCCCAACCUGUCUCGGACAGAAAGUGGACCCACCUAAAUGUCCCUGAUGCUGAUGCAGAUACUACAAGUAUUAACAGCAUGACAAGUGCCUACAGUGAAAUUUGGGACUAUGAUAAUGUGAAAGUCAGCGGGGAGAUCACACUAAAUCUAAAUUACAGCUAUAAAACAGGAGCUUUGAACGUUCUGGUGAAGAGCUGUAAAAAGCUAGCAGUGGCUGAUGAGAAGAAGAACAGAACAGACCCGUAUGUAAAGGCAUACCUUCUCCCAGACAAGUCACGUCAGAGCAAACGAAAGACAAAAAUAAAGACCAACACAACUAAUCCUGAGUUCAACGAAGUUCUCAAGUAUGUUAUCAGUCACACUCAAUUGGAAACUCGGACUUUACAUCUGUCUGUCUGGCACAAUGACCGGUUUGGACAUAACAGCUUCUUGGGUGAAGUGAAUAUCCCCCUUGAUACAUGGAAUUUUGAAAGUCAAGAAGAUGAAUGUUUUACUCUUCAACCCAAGAUGGAUUCAACAUCAGAAGUCACUCUGCAGUAUAAAGGAGAAAUUAUAAUUGGCUUACGAUAUAUACCUCCAGAAAAGAAUUUGACUCUUCCAUUGGAACCAGUUACAACAGGAAAGAAAAGUUUCAAGAGGUCAAAGAAAGUUCCUAUGCCAACAGGGGGAAUCCUUGAAGUACUUGUGAAGGAGGCCAAAAACUUAACUGCUGUGAAAUCUGGGGGAACUUCAGAUACCUUUGUUAAAGGAUAUCUGCUGCCAGAUAACAACAAGUCCACAAAGCACAAAACUCCCAUAAUUAAAAAGUCUGUCAAUCCUCAGUGGAACCACACCUUCUCCUUCACCAACCUUCAGCCCAAUGACCUGCAAAAUGUCUGCCUAGAGCUUACCGUAUGGGAUAAAGAGUCCUUAUCAAGCAACAUAUUUUUAGGUGGCGUCUGCUUGGGCUGUGGCAGUGGGACAAGUUAUGGAAAUGAAGUUGCUUGGAUGGAUGCUCAGGGGGAAGAAAAAUAUUUGUGGCAAAAGAUGAUGGACGAUCCUGGCAACACAGUCGAAGGAACCCUGAUGCUGAGAUCUACCAUGUCCAGGCGCAAGAAUACCAACCAGAGCUCUUAACACAAUGGGGACAUUGUAGCACACGAUGACCAGGCCAUCAUUUAUUUCUUUCUCAGCAGCAUUCUCCUGCUUGGUUUCACUGUAAUGCUUGAGAGAUGACUGUCUGUGGUACCGUAACAAGAGAAUAGUUACCAUGAUCUGUAUAUAUGAUUCAUUCCUUGCAUGUGCUGGACCGUACUUUAGUUCUAAAUACAUUCUUAGACAGGUCUGUGGCUUAUACGGAGCAUUCCUUACUUGACAGCACACUACAAGAUAAUCUUGAAAGGCCAGUAACCUCAAUAUUUUUAUACUUUGCUGUAUUUGUUUUAUCUUAUUAUGAUCUGACCAUCAGAUGCUGUGGAUACAUUUUGCCUACUUUUUUCUAAGUUGCGGUCUGUUCAUAGGUUGUGUAGCAUAAUACUGAAAGGGGUUCCCUGCUUUGAACAAUCCUUACUUUUUUAAAAAAGGUCCCUUGAAAAUAAGCGUUUCUCACAAUGUCCACCUGCUGAGACCCCCAUUGAUUUGCUGUAAUCUGUGGAGAAUCCUGGAAGUUUUUCCCUACAGCACUACUAGAGGGGAUUGGAGGCAUUGCACAGUGUCCAUUCAAAUUCAUUUAUUGUCUGUGUAAUACAGGACGGGAUAAGUCCUCCAGGGAGACAAAUGCUCUGUGUAACUGUGCUCCACUAUGGCCAAGAGAUCAGGAUCCUAAACUAAGGACCCCUCUCCAUGGAUUUAUGAUUCCCUAGUUGCUACACAACAAAAAUUUGCUACAUGACUGUGCCCUGUUCUUGUGUGAAGUGUCAUGACCAUAUCGUAUUUUCAACAAAUGUGGACAAAGAAAUCACAACUUGCGUAUGUACCGUAUUUUUCGCCCUAUAGGACGCAUCGGCAGAUAAGACGCACCCAAUUUUAAAGAUGCAAAAUCUAGAAAAAAAAGAUUCUGCACCCAACAGGGAUCUUCAACCUGCGGA